UUUUUUUAUUUAAAAAGCUUUAAAAAAUCUUUAUAAAGGAUUUUUUAAUUGAGAAUCCACAAAAGUUUUAAAUUUCGGAUGUUUAUUUUUAUCCUGUUUAUUUUUGCUUGUAAAAAUGUCACUUUAUUUAAAUACGAAAUAAAUCACUCAACACUGUUUUGUGAUCUCGAUUAUUUUUUAAAUUGUAGACCCAUUCGUGUUCACUUUUAAAUAUUUUAAAAUCUUUAAGAAUCCUCACAAAUUUAUUUCAUAAAAGAAACUUAAAUUAGUAAAACUAAUAAUGAAAAUAAAUUAUUUUGUAAAUUUGCUUUUUAGAGAAACAAAAUUUGUUAGAAACUUCUACCAACCAACUCAUACGCAAAAACACUUUUUCAGAUUUCAAAACAUUUUAUACUCUGGGGAGUAUGAGAUGCAAGAACCAAAGUCACCAGAUGAAAUAGUGAACAUGGUGUUCAUUGAUAAGAACGACUGCAAGCACAACGUCAGGGGGAAGGUGGGUGAUAAUAUCAUGUAUCUAGCACAUAGAUAUCACAUCGAGCUAGAAGGCGCAUGUGAGGCAUCAUUAGCCUGCUCAACUUGUCAUGUUUAUGUUUGUGAACGGUUUUUAAACAAGCUCCCCGAAGCAACCGAGAAAGAGGAGGAUCUACUGGACAUGGCUCCUGGCUUGAAGAGUAACUCCAGAUUAGGCUGCCAAAUAACACUGACCAAAGAACUAGAAGGAAUAGAAUUGAAGUUACCAAAGAUGACGAGAAAUUUUUACGUCGAUGGCCACACACCCCAACCGCAUUAGAAGCAGUUUUGUAUGCCCGCGUGUGUGUGUGUGUGUGAUGAUGUGAAUGAUGAUGAUGAUGAUGUGUGUGGUGGUGAUGGUAACGAAGAUGAUGGUGUUGAUAACGCUAUGCAUAGAGCGUUCAUAAAUGAUUAUUAAAUGAUUAUGUGAUAACAAUAUAAGAAAUGGCUUUUAAAAAUUAUGAUGAUAAUGCGUUUCAAAAAUACUUGUAUUUUCUAAUAGACAUUUUCAUCCUCUGAAAUAUCAUGUAAAACAAAACUGUCACACCACCAAAUAUUGGAUUGAAUAAAAGCGUCACUCGUACAGUUCUAAA